UUCAAACACUCCAAAUCCAAAAUCACUUUCCCGCCUAUCUUACAAAAAUACCCAAAUCCAGUUCUCCCCAAAUCAAAUCCUGAAACAAAAACACACAAAAAAACCCAAUUAAAACAAAAUGUCAUCAACAACUACAACACGCCGUCCAAAACAACCCACAACCGCUGCCGACGCAUCCGGCGGCGCCAGAAAACCCAAUACAACCGCCGGCGCAACAAAUAAAUCCAGAAGCACAACACCCAUAAACGAAAGAACGAUAUACAUGUCAACAGGAAAAGAAAAUCCGAAUACUUGUAGACCCGGGUCUCGUAUUCGAGCUGCUGCAUCAUCGAAGCCACAGAAGCCGAUCGUGCCGCCGAUUGUUCGUUCAGAUAAGGAUCGGGUUGAGCCGCGUGCUCGGUGGGGCUCGAAUUGCCCGGUUCGGCCCAGAGGUAGAAGCUCUAGCCCUUCUGAAUUUAGUAGAGUUAGUAUAAGUAGUGAUCUGAAAAAAACAAGGGGUUUGGUUGAUAGAAAUGAAAGAAGUGUUAGUGUUGGUAGAUCUAAUCGGGUUUCGGUUUCGGGUCCAGGUUUGAAUCGGGUUGGGAUUAAAGAAAAAGUUGGUGGUUUAAAUGUUAGAAAUGAAAAAAGGAGUGAACUUUGUAAUGGGGUUGAAAAAAGGAGUGAAAUUUGUAAUGGGGUUGAAAAAAGGAGUGAAAUUUGUGAUGGGUCAAAGCCGAAAAAUGUGAAAAGUCAGAAUGAGGAGAAUGUGAAGAGAGAAUCGAGUAUUGGGUCGGAUUCGGUUAUGAAAGUUUCGGAGAGUGUUAAGUUAUUUGAGAAGUUUAAGUCGAAGUCUUGUGUAGGGUUGAAGUCGAGUAAUGGGGUUGAAAAAGAGGUGAGUGGAAGUGAAGAGGGUUUAAGUGUGAGGUCGAGUGGGAAGUAUCCGAGUAAGUUACAUGGAAAGCUUGCAUUUUUGGAGGAAAAGGUGAAGAGGAUAGCGUCGGAUAUUAAGAGGACGAAGGAAAUGUUGGAUUUGAAUAACCCGGAUGCAUCAAAGGUGAUGCUAUCGGAUAUACAAGAAACAGUUGCAGGGAUUGAGAAGGCGAUGGGUGAUGUUGUGGGUGGUGAGAAUGAGAAAACGGGUAGUAAGAUGAAUGGAAGUGAUAGUGAGUUGAGCAGUGCUAAAAGUAGUACCAAUGUUAGUACUAAAAGUGGUUCGAAAAGUUUAGGUAAGGGAUUGAAUACAGAUGAACUAGAGGCUAGGUUUUUUCCUCACCAUAAGUUACUUAGAGACCGGUCUGCUCUAAAAGCACCCUCUGGAAGUAAUGAAAGUGUCAAGACCGAGGUUGACAUAGCUAGUACAGAAAAGAAAAAUGAGAAACAUAUUGGGCAGGAGUUAUCGUGCUCUUUGAGUAAGGUAGAGUCUAAAGUUACGUCUAGGGGUGGUUUGGAGAUAAGUGAAGUUCAGGAAACGGAUGACACAGUAAGUUCAAAAUCACGUGAUGCUUCUAACACAUACAGUGUAAAAGGCAAUGUUGAUACAAUGCUGGCAGCUGAUGAAACACUUGAAGAAUUUGAUGAAAAAGAAAUUAAGGAAAUUACUGUUUUUGAGAUGGAGAUGGAUGAUGGUUACAAUAAUCAGUUGAAUGAAAUCGGGCACAAGACAUGUACAGGUGGAUGGUUUGUCUCUGAGGGAGAGUCGGCUUUGCUUGUUCACGAUGAUGGUUCGUGUACCUUCUAUGAUGUGGCCAACUCUGAGGAUAAAUCUAUAUACAAGGCUCCUACUGAAGCUGCAUCUAAUUUAUGGAGAGAUUGUUGGAUAGUUCGUGCACCUGGUGCAGAUGGUUGUGCUGGAAGAUAUGUUGUGGCUGCAUCUGCUGGUAAUAGCAUUGAGGCAGGCUUUUGCUCAUGGGACUUCUACACCAAAGAAGUAAAAUCAUUUCAUACUGAAGAUGGGGUUACAAAUACAAGAACAGCAUUAGCUCCAUUAUCCAACAAUGCUUUGAAUAGAAGACAUGAUUUGACUAAUCUGACACCAGAAAACCGACAAUGGUGGUACAAACCUUGUGGUCCACUUAUCAUAUCAACAGCAAGUAAUCAGAAAGCUUUGAGAAUAUAUGAUGUUCGUGAUGGAGAGCAUAUCAUGAAGUGGGAAUUACAGAACUGUGUUUCAGCAAUGGAGAACUCAAGCCCCUUGCAAUGGAGAAACAGGGGAAAGGUGGUUGUUGCAGAGACCGAGAUUGUUUCUUUGUGGGACGUUGGGUCUCUUACCCCUGAACCAUUACAUUCGGUUUCUUCUGCCGGUAAAAAAGUUUCGGCUCUUCAUAUAAAUAACACUGAUGCUGAGCUUGGCGGAGGAGUUCGCCAAAGGGUAAGUUCAUCAGAAGCAGAAGGGAAUGAUGGUGUAUUCUGCACAUCAGAUUCCAUAAAUGUACUCGAUUUCCGUCACCCAUCUGGGAUUGGUAUCAAGAUUCCAAAACACAGCAGCGCUGUCCACUCAGUGUUCUCCCGCGGAGACUCCAUCUAUCUAGGCUGCAGUGGCUCGUCAUCAUCUGUUAAAAAGCCAACGUCCACAUCCCAAAUUCAGCAAUUCUCCAUACGCAAACAAAAGCUUUUCAGCACUUACAGUUUACCUGAAUCUAAUGCUCACCCACAUUAUAAAGCCAUAACACAAGUAUGGGGUAACUCGGAUCUGACCAUGGGUGUAUGCAGCUUAGGGCUGUAUGUAUUUGAUGCCUUGAAGGAUGAUGAUAUGAAACCAUAUGCAGGUGGUUACGGAAGCGAUCAAAAGGUUAGGGAGACUAUUGGACCAGAUAACUUAUAUUGUCCAUCGUUUGACUAUUUGGGAUCAAGAGCUUUGCUUAUAUCAAGAGACCGCCCUGCGGUUUGGAAGUACCUGUCUUAGGUACUUUUAGUCAUGGUUUUUUGAACUUUGUAUUAUAUGUCACCAACUGUGUGUUUGUUACCGUUUCAUGAAUUGUUUAGAUUUCCUUAUGUAAUGUCCAAAACUAUGAAUCUAUUUAUUUCCAUAAGUAUGAGCCUUGCAGUUUGCCUU